GCUUCGAUGUUGUCUGUUCCUGUUUGGAUGCCGCCGCUGCAGCCAUGCCCAAAGUGGUGUCCCGUUCCGUGGUUUGUUCGGACACGCGUGACCGCGAGGAAUACGACGACGGCGAAAAACCUCUGCAUGUUUAUUACUGCCUAUGCGGACAGAUGGUGCUGGUUUUAGAUUGUCAACUUGAGAAGCUGCCCAUGAGACCACGAGACAGAGCCCGGGUGAUUGACGCUGCCAAACAUGCACACAAAUUCUGCAACACUGAAGAGGAGGAAAAUGUUUAUCUACGCAGGCCAGAAGGCAUUGAACGACAAUACAGGAAAAAAUGUGGAAAGUGUGGGCUGCUUCUGUUUUACCAGCACCAGCAGAAGAAUGCCCCGGUGACAUUCAUUGUUGAUGGCGCUGUUGUCAAAUUUGGACAGGGCUUUGGAAAAACAAACAUUUACACUCAGAAGCAAGAGCCUCCCAAGAAGGUGAUGAUGACCAAACGGACCAAGGACAUGGGCAAGUUCAGCUCGGUUACUGUCUCGACCAUUGAUGAAGAGGAGGAGGAGAUUGAAGCAAGAGAAAUUGCUGAUUCCUAUGCACAGAAUGCCAAGGUGAUUGAGAAACAGCUGGAACGGAAAGGCAUGAGCAAAAGGAGGCUGCAAGAGCUGGCUGAACUGGAAGCCAAGAAGGCCAAAAUGAAAGGAACACUAAUCGAUAAUCAGUUCAAAUAAGAAAAAGUGAAAGGGGGAUAAUCGUCAAGAUAUUUUGUUUCUGAAAAAGGAAGAAAGCCACAGCAACUACCAUCAUGCAUGGCGUGCCAUGUGAAAUCUGGACACAUUUUUGGCUGAAAAGAUGAAACUGUUUAGGUUUCUGAGAUGGAUUCUCUGUUCUGACGUGUGCCACGUAGUUAGCAUCUUCCCUGUUGUAUGCCUGGGAAGUAAUCAAUGUUUAAGUUACUGGCAAGUAACCUGUCCUUCUCAAGGUAGCCUUAUGUUGAAUGUGUGUAUAUAAAAGCAUUAACAUAGCUCAGAUACGCUGAAGGUUUUUAAUUAUUAUUUUUCUACCCCUCUAGAGUUGCUUAUUGUAAUUGAUAUUGCAAAAACUAACUGUACAGAAAAUAAACCCUUGAUAAGUUAA